AAUUUGUUAUCGCAGGGUUUAGGGUUUAUCAAUCCUUUAAAAGCAUUUUUUGUGCAGUUAUUUGCCAAGUUACAUUGAUUCAUCGCGCCGCGACCAGUCAUGAGUUCGAAGUCACAGUUGUGGUGCGAUCGUUGUGAAUCGAAUCGUGAUACCCAGACUCUUGAUGAUGGCAGAGUAUGCUGUGGUUUCUGUGGGAAAAUUCUUGUCGAGGAUAAUUAUUUAGAUGAAGUUAUAUUUGCUAAAGAUGGUGGAGGACAGAAGCUUAACUCGAAGAUCAACUAUGAUGUGCUGGACGAUUUUUCUGAUGACUCGUUUUCUCCAGAUAACAAGAAAAGCCAUCUCAUUGAUGAGGUGUAUGCCACAAGAACAGAACACAUGAAGCAGAAUAUAAAGCAAAAUGACUCUGAACAGGGUCCAGAAAACGAAUAUGAUGGUGGACUAGAGGAAUUUUCCGAGGGGUUGCCAUAUGGUAAUGAAGAAGACUACCUUGAUGAUUAUAAAUAUGAUGAUGAUUAUUAGAAUGAUUGAAAUACCCGUUCUUAAUUAAUCUAUAGUAGUAAUAAAGUUGGACUUGGACGACAACAGAUAGAUGGCAAAGUGGCUGAGAUUUUAACUGUUGUCCAUCGUUCUUGUAUAGCAGCUUUAAUAAAUCAUCUAAGAUUCAUUAUAUUAUACAAAAGAUAAUGAAUGCACCGUUUGAGAUACUCUCUAUAUUUAGUUAAAUUUC